CGGCAGGCAGAGGCAUAAGCAAGGUUUACGUCUGGUAACAACACAAAAUCAUUGGUUACUUAACACCAGUAACAGAAAGACCACCGAUAACGCGACCAAAACCCGGCUACAAAAGAUAAAUGUUUCAACUACCCUAAGUCCCCUUAUGUGAUAAAGUAAGUCUAGUGCUGUGUGUAUCGUGCUUUGGAGUCGAGACGAUGGAUUUGCAUUGUUGCGAAACCACCGAGAAGGAAAUUACGGCCUGCGUCGACAAGACAUUGCUCGAGGACCGUAUUCUCAAAAAAAUGUUAGAGUCGGAAAAUAGGUGUGUGCCGAACUGUAACGUGCGGUUUUGCCAGAGGGAGGUUACCGAGUCCAUGACUGAGAUCGUCGGGGGGUGGAUGAUGGAGGUCUGUGAGGAACAGCGCUGCCAGGACGACGUCUUCCUGCUCUCCAUGAACUACCUGUACCGGUUCCUCGCCAUCACCAACAUCAAGAAGAACCAGCUCCAGCUGCUGGGGGCGGCGUGCAUGCUGGUGGCCUCCAAGCUGCGCGAGUCGCGGCCCCUUUCAGCGGAGACGCUGGUCUUCUACACCGACCACAGCAUCACCGUCGGCAUGCUCACGAGCUGGGAGCUGCUGGUGCUCAGCAAGCUCAAGUGGGACAUCGUGGCCAUCGUGCCCGUCGACUUCCUGCCGCACCUGCUCAUCCGGCUCGACUUCGAGCGCGUCGGCCUCAAGCACGACCUGGUCAAGAAGCACGCCAAGAUCCUCAUAACCCUCUGCGCAAAAGAAUGUCGGUUUACGAACUACUCGCCCAGUUUGGUGGCCUGUGCCAGCGUAGUCUCGGCGCUCUGCGGCCUGGGCUGGGUCAACAAGUACGACCAGUCGCAGGAAACCCUCAUGAAGAAGCUCGCCGACAUCAUCGACGUCCAAGAAACGUACUUCGUGGAGGAGUUGGUUCAGAGCAUCGACCAGAUGAUCAAACAGAACUUGGAGGACAGCAAAGACUGUAAAACAGUGUGUGAUGACGUGUCCAGGUCAGAACAAUGUACGCCGCCUCCGGCCAAAAUGCGCGAUUUUAAGACGGCGACAACACCGACUGAUGUGCACGAUGUUUGUUUCUGAAAAGUAGUUUAAUUUUGUGAGUAAGAAGUGAUUUAGUCGACGCGUUGUUCGUCAGUUCGAAGGAAGUGUGCAAAGACGUGAUGGCUUUAGGGGAAAGCAAUAAAUUACGCUUGUUUAUGAAAAAAGAACUGUUCAAUUCGAGUACUUUUGUACUUUUUGUUACAAGACUUUUGCUUUUAUAGCGGGUGAAUGUAAUGUUUGAAUAUUAGUCAGUUACGAUCCUAAGUUUUCUGUUCCUAAACGUGAUUCAGAAUAACAGAUAAACAAACUGAAUUGCGCAAGUUUCGAUGAUUCGUUUAGAAGCUUGCUUAGUAGGUAAUAAUCUUCAAAGACUGCUAGCUCUAACUCAGAGCAAUGACUUACUUAAUUUUAAUCGUCUUCCAAAUUCGACCAAGUCAAUCAAUGCAAUCAUAAAACUAAUGAGAAAGUAUUUUUAUCAAACUAGAAAUCUUAUAUUAGACUAUUAAAGUGUGAUUAUAUAACUGUAGGUAUUUCAACAUUGUGUGAUCAUAAUUCUACUAAGAAUAGUGAUUUUAAAAUUGGCGACAAAUAUGUUAUUAUAUAAGGGCCUUGAACGUACCUAAGGCUGGGUUUAUCCGAACGCUCCGCCGCGUCGACGUGGCAAAAAGAAACCAAUGAUUUAGUCCGUCGUUAAAAAACCACGUUCACGCGGCUUUGCGUUCCGAUAAAACCAGUGUAAUAUGCUUGUGCAUACGACUACAUGUAGCUUUUUAAGGCAAAAAAAUGUAUAUAAAUAUAUAAGGUAGCCGGUAAGCACCUUGACACUGUACAUAAAAAUGACCGUUUCCACCACUUACACUGCCAAUAACUAUUUAUAAAUUCUGCUCACAAUAGUUCAAUAUUCCAUAUACCUCAUUUUUAUUCAGAUACAACAGCAAAAGCCCUAUAGAUUUUUAUUAUGUGUAGAUAUCGGUUUUUUUGCACCACGUCUUCCAAGCGCACGUACAAAACGUGGUGCAAAAAAUCCACUCAUCAAAUAAUUAUUUUAUUGUAAAUAUUAACUAAGUAUAUACUUAUAUUGUAUAUAAUAUAAAUAUAUGUACCACCCAAAUUUUAACGGUUACGUUAGUUGAUAAGUUAAAAAUUUUAUACAAAUAAAUAUUGACAAAACGUGAA